GGAACACCAGAUCGUUUGGGGGUGUAGGCUAACCGUAUGAAUUGAUCUGGGCAGUCGGCUGCUGUCCGUGUGUAGGCUAUAGUUCAUACCGCGCCUUAAGGACAUACGAGUUGUACAUUUUGACUUGAAACUUCAUCCGGUUCCGACAUGAAGUCUGGAGAGGAGGCUGACCAUUUUGGAGAGUUGAACGACUUGCCCAACGACUCUCACUUUCUGAAACCUUACAUAUUAAAACUGAGGCAAAAAGUGGAACAAGAAGACGCACUACGCGAACACCUACAUCUAUCGGACAAUUGUUUAAUCAGGUUUCUUAGAGCCAGAGAUUUUGAUGUUGAUUUGUCGCUUAAGCUACUGAUUAACUACCACCGCUGGAGGAGAGAAUGUCCGGAAAUCAGUGGUAAUCUAAACUCAUCCUCAGUCCUCGGCCUCCUCCAAAACAACUACCACGGAGUGCUCAAGUCGCGAGACGCAAGUGGCAGCAGAGUACUGGUAUACAGGAUCGGUCAGUGGAAUCCAAAGGAGUUCACGGCCUAUGAGGUUUUCCGUGUGAGUCUCAUAACCUCGGAACUGAUCUCUCAGGAAACAGACACCCAGAGGAAUGGGGUCAAGGCCAUAUUCGACCUACAGGGCUGGUGUUUCUCUCACGCCCUCCAAAUCACCCCAUCCCUGGCCAAAAAGAUCUCAGCAGUGCUCACGGACUCCUUCCCGUUGAAGGUGCGGGGCAUCCACCUGCUGAACGAGCCUCUGCUCUUCCGCCCGGUCUUCACCAUGAUCCGCCCCUUUCUGCCCGACAAGAUCAAGCAGAGGGUCCACAUGCACGGCAGCUCCUUCCUCUGCAGCCUGUGCCAGCACUUUGCCCACAGUACCCUUCCGCCGGAGUACGGGGGCACCGGACCCGGCCUGGAGGAGGUGUGCCAGGACUGGACCAGCUUCAUCGUGCAGUCGGAGGAACAGCUGGCCCAGCUGUCCGCCACAGGGGCUCUCUCAACCCCCUUGCACUGACCCCACAAUGACACCCUCCCGUUGCCUUUGUGACAUCAGCAUCACCCGGUAAUCCCUGACCUUGUGCACUGGUGAGGGCUGGUAGUUAAGGGACAGGAACGGCAGGCCUGGACCUGCUGCAGGUUCGAAUGCUUUGUGUUGUGCUCUUGAACAUGGUGCCUGAAUUUUGUUUACAUUCAGAUGUGUGUGUGUACAUUAUGUAUGUACAUUAGAAUAGGUCAACGAUGCCUCAUAAACAAAUGGAUGUAAUAUGACAUCCGUAAAGAGAGUGGGACCAGAGUUAGACAGACAGCUUUUUCACACAUACAGUAUAAAUACACGGGAUGUACAUCAUAAUUGUGUUUACCAUGUCAUACCAUGUCUUGUUCUAAAAGUUAUUCCUGUUGUUUUGCCUGAGAUAAUGUUCCCUCUAUUGAAAGCAUAUGAAGUGGUCAAAUGAAAUUUGAAAAUUAUCUUAAUUGUACAAGAUUUGUUUGCUUUCAACAUUUUAGUUUGAAAGACUUCUCCAUAGUUAAGUUUUAUGAAGAAAUACCCAAUCUAAUAUGUAAUAUAUUUCCUAUGUAUUUUUCCUGAUAUAGAGUAUUGAUUUUUAAAAAAUAAAUACAAGCAGAAGACUAUCAUGAUUCUUAGGUGCCCAGUCCUUAAUGCUCUAUACAAAUAGGACCACCUUUUUAAAAUCUGUCACAGACACUAUAAAUAAUGCUCAAUAAUGCAUAUAUUUUAUGCUUAAUGUACUGUAAUUGCUGAAAGCUCAAGUUUAAAGUGAGGAGACUCACUCAGGAAUGUGUUUUUGUCUGUGCGCUGGACUUACUGUUUCUAAUGAAUUUCAGUGGGGUGAAAAGGUUAAUCAUGCAUCCCCAUUGAGUAACAUUUAAAUAAAUGUAACACAAUGCUGAAAUGUGA